ACAAAUAUGGAAUGCCUGUUACUCCCUUCGAUUUCUUUCUCUGCUUCUUUUUUAACUGUUUAAACUUCUCAACCGGACAUCCUCUUCAAAUCUUCUCCUCUGAUUUCCCUGGAAAGUCGAUUUCCUGUCUUGGUUUCUCAUUCCGAAUAUGGUUGUGAAGCAUUGAGUUUGUGAAGCUGGGGAGAGGUUUAUCUGGGUUCUGGGUCAAAUGGGUAGGCGAAAAGGAAAAGGGAAAGGUUUUAUCAAUGUUGAAGGGUUCGUGGAGUUCUUCAAGUACAUGAUGGAGGAGAAGCCUUUCCUGCGUUUCUUGAUCCCUUUGGUUAUGGUGUUUUGGGCUAUAGAGAAAUGGGUUUUCUCUUUCUCAAACUGGGUUCCUCUUGUUGUUGUCGUGUGGGCAACUAUUCAGUAUUGUAAUUAUCAGCACCAAAUAGUUGUUGAAGACCUGAAUAAAAAGUGGAAGCAAGUCACAUUGAACACAUUGCCAAUAACGCCGUUGGAACAUUGUGAGUGGCUGAACAAGCUUUUGAUGGAAGUUUGGCAGAGCUAUCUAAGCCCAAACCUUGCUUUAAGGUUCCAAUCCAUGGUUGAGAGGCGUUUGAAGCAUAAUAAAUCAAGAAUUGUAGAAAAGAUUGAAUUGCUGGAGUUCUCAUUAGGUUCAUGCCCACCAUGCCUGGGUCUUCAAGGGACUCGCUGGGCAACUACUGGUGAUCAGAGAGUUAUGUGUUUAGCCUUUGACUGGGACACAAAUAAAAUAAGCAUCAUGUUGCUUGCUAAAUUGGCCAAGCCCUUACUUGGAACUGCCAGGAUUGUUGUAAACAGUCUCCACAUCAAGGGUGAUCUUCUCUUAAUGCCAAUUCUAGAUGGGAAAGCAAUAUUAUACUCAUUUGUAUGUACGCCUGAAAUAAGAGUAGGAGUGGCCUUUGGAAGUGGAGGAAGCCAAUCACUACCUGCCACAGAACUGCCUGGUGUUUCUUCUUGUUUGGUCAAACUUUUGACGGACACCAUAGCUAAGACAAUGGUUGAACCACGCAGGCGUUGUCACUCAUUGCCAGCUGUAGAUUUAAGGAAAAAGGCCAUUGGUGGCAUUGUACACGUGAAAGUCAUUUCUGCAAGUAAACUUUCUAGAAUUAGCUCAAGGGGAAGUCUGUCAAGAAGGCAUCAAACUUCUUCUGUAGAUGGUUUUCAAGAUCUAAUUCAUGAUAAAGAUCAACAGACUUUUCUUGAGGUUGAGCUAGGAGAGCUAACCAGGAGAACAGCUGUCAGAUCAGGCUCUAGUCCUCAAUGGGAUUCAACUUUUAAUAUGGUUUUACAUGAAAACGCAGGAAUCAUCCAUUUCCAUUUAUACGAGUGCACUCCUAAUGGUGUGAAGUACAACUAUAUGGCAAGUUGUGAAAUUAAGAUAAGAUAUGCUGCAGAUGAUUCCACAAUCUUUUGGGCAAUAGGAUCAGAUGCCAGUGUGAUAGCCAGGCAUGCUGAAUUUUGUGGUCAAGAGAUUGAAAUGGUUCUUCCAUUUGAGGGCAUCAAUUCUGGGGAGUUGACAGUUAGGCUUGUGUUAAAAGAGUGGCAGUUCUCUGAUGGUUCUCAUAACUUGAACCAUCUCCGUAUUAGCUCUCAACAAUCACUCUAUGGCUCAUCUAAUUACCCAUCAACAGCCGGAAGAAAGGUUAACAUCACUGUUGUUGAAGGAAAGGAUCUCAUUGCAAAAGAAAAAUCUGGAAAAUGUAACCCUUAUGUUAAACUGCAGUAUGGAAAGGGUCUCCAAAGAACAAUGACAGUCCAUUCUCCAAAUCCUCUCUGGAGUCAGAAGUUUGAAUUCAAUGAAGUAGCAGGUGAUGAAUACCUAAAGAUUAAGUGCUACUCUGAGGAGAUCCUUGGAGAUGAUAGUAUCGGCAGUGCUCGAAUAAGUCUUGAAGGACUUGUAGAAGGUUCUGCCAGGGAUGUAUGGAUCCCCCUUGAAAAAGUUAAUUCAGGAGAACUACGACUGCAGAUAGAAGCUAUUAGGGUCAACGACCAAGAAGGAUCAAGGGGUUCCACCACAGGUUCAGGCAAUGGCUUGAUUGAACUUGUUCUUGUUGAAGCGAGAGAUCUUGUAGCUGCUGACUUAAGAGGGACAAGUGAUCCAUAUGUAAGGGUGCACUAUGGCAACUUGAAGAGAAGAACAAAGGUUAUGUUCAAAACGUUGAAUCCUCAAUGGAAUCAGACCCUAGAGUUUCCUGAUGAUGGCAGUCCCUUAGAGUUGCAUGUGAAAGACCAUAAUUCCUUACUACCAACAUCAAGCAUAGGUGACUGCGUUGUAGAAUAUCUAAUGCUUCCUCCAAACGAGAUGUCAGACAAGUGGAUACCCCUUCAAGGUGUGAAAAGGGGAGAGAUACACAUUCAAAUUACAAGAAAAGUUCCAGAACUACUAAAGAAAUCCAGUUUAGAUGCUGAUCCUUCUUUCUGUAAAUCCAGCCAAAUUUCUAGCCAGAUCAAACAAAGCAUUACCAAGCUUCAAUCGUUAAUUGAGGAUGGAAAUAUUGAAGGGCUCUCCACAGCUUUGACUGAUCUUGAAGCACUCGGUUAUGAACGAGAAAAGAACAUGGUACAGCUCGAGAAUGAGCAAAUGCUUCUACUUGACAAGAUAAAAGAUCUUGGUCAGGAAAUCUCUAACUCUUCACCUUCUUCAAGUAGAUCUUCUGGAUCUUGAGCCUCCCUGAUCACUUUUUGUAUAAAUGUAAUGUUGCAUAUACAAAUUAUGUUAGAGAUAGAUGAAUGUAUUUAUGUAUAUGGUACUACGGUAAUUAUCCUCAUUGUUAAUGUAGCUUCCUGCUGUGUGAAGUUAUAUGUGAGAUUAUGGAUCCAUCAUAUAUUGAAAAAAUAUUGUUUUCAAUCUGGACUGGCAAAAAAGAAGUCAGUCCAAUUGGAAAUUGUUAAUAGCUGGGAGUAGAUGAUUUUU